CCUCUUUUUCCUCGCACUCCUCAAGACCAGCCUCCUCGUCCCCGAUCUCCUGCCACCCCCGCACCCAAGGGUUUCGCUCUCCACCGCCGCGGAACAAGCCAGCGAACAGGGAUGGCGGCGGCGCGGCACCUCAGAUCCGGCCUCCCCCUCAUCCGCGCCCACCUGGCGGCCUCCGAAUCCACGGCCGUCGCCCAGGGUUCGAGGGGCUUCUCGUCGCAGGUGGCCAAGCCCACCGGGAAGCAGGUCAAGGUUCCAGAUGCUCUGUAUGGUGGCACAGGCAACUAUGCUAGUGCACUGUUCCUUACAGCAGCCAAAGCAAACACAUUGGACAAAGUUGAAUCUGAGAUUCAAACUGUUGUAGAGGCAUCCAAGAAGAGCCCGCUGUUUUCUCAAUUCAUAAAGGACUUGUCAGUUCCAAAAGAGACCAGGGUGAAGGCUAUAACUGAAAUAUUUGCGGAAGCUGGAUUUUCAGAUGUCACAAAGAACUUCUUGGCUGUCUUGGCGGACAACGGCAGGCUGAAAUAUAUUGAGCGCAUUGCUGAGAGAUUUGUUGAUUUGAACAUGGCACAUAAGGGGGAGGUGAAGGUUGUUGUCAGGACAGUUAUUCCACUUCCCGAGAAGGAGGAGAAAGAGCUCAAGGAGACCUUGCAAGAUAUCCUUGGGAAGAACAAAACUAUUUUGGUUGAACAGAAGAUUGACUACAGCAUCAUGGGAGGACUUGUGAUUGAAUUCGGGCAGAAGGUGUUUGAUAUGUCGAUCAAGACUAGGGCGAAGCAAAUGGAGGCGUUCUUGAGGCAACCCCUUGAAAUCUAGCUUCCUUUUGGAUAAAAACAUCAUCAGAAUGCAGUGGCUGUGCUGCUGAAGGUUUCCUCAUGUCUGCAACUUUUAUCUGGCCUUUGAAUAAAAUGUUUCCUCUAACAAGAGAAUGCCACUGUUUUUAUUUUGUCUUGUGGGCUAGAGGCCUGCUGAACAAUUAUGUUUAUUUCUUGUUACUUGAAGAAGCUUGCACCGGAAAUGUCAUGAAAAGUUUUUCAGUUCCAAGUCAUUGGAAUAUA